UGAUCUUUUAUGUUCUUUUCCGAUCCAAUGACCCUUCUCCCUCGGAAUGAUUACAUAGCCUACGGUCAAGCACGAACCCUGUCGAAGGUGGAUAGCUCGCGCCUUACUCGACGUCUGCAUCAUCUGCAUUGCUCGUAAUCGAUACGACCGCGAGAAUUCCUCCGCUCUACUGGACCAAACUGAGAGAGGCAAACCUGCCUGUACAGGAACUGGCCUCAUCUAGUAUCCAUUCGUAGGCUUUUGUUGGCUAUUGAGAAGUCAUCGGCUACACAAGGGCUAUGCUGGGCCUCUGCGCAGCAAGCUAUGUUGCUUCGAGGCUACCAUGACCCGGAGAGUGGACGGAACCGAGCGGCCCUUGUUGUCAACUGCCGGUAUGAUACCUCUUUGUUAAUCGGUUUGGCGAUCCCGAAGAAGCCAAAUUUGCUCAUCGAAAUGAAAAACAUAUAUGAAAAACCGGAUACCAUGACGACGUCUUUUGGGAUGAGGUCUUAUACAAGGUCCAGAAACAUAGGGGGAACACGCAUGACGGGUGUACUUCACUUUUAACUAACUGAGUUGGGUAUAAAAUACCAAAGGCCGCUCCGUCCUCGUUUGUCCUCUCUAAUCAUAAACCUAUACACCUUUUUCACUGUCUUAUUCACUCUCUCCCGUUGCUUAUCGUGUCACAGUCGUUACCGAUAUACUAUCACCCUUCUCACCCGAAGCAUGCAGCUCUUGGCCACAUCAGCCAUGGCCGUCCUUUUGAUGGGCGGCCAGGCAGUCGGAGAACUGUGCAAAUGUUCUCCUACAGACGCCUGCUGGCCCUCCGCCGCGGAGUGGGAGGCCUUCAACGCCACCAUCACCGGAAACCUGAUCCGCACCGUCCCGCCGGGCUCCGUCUGCUACCCCGACGAGCCCAACUACGACGCAGAAGCCUGCGACGCCGUCCUCUCCGGCUGGUCUUCGUCCGUCUUCCACUCCUCCGACCCGGCGAGCGUGUCGAACGCCUGGUCCAACAGCAGCUGCGUCCCCGUCUACCCCAACGGGACCAGUGUCGACGGCGUCCCGGGCGUGGGAGACAGAGGAUGCUCCCUCGGCGCGCUGCCGUCCUACGUCGUCAACGCGACGGGGCCCGAAGUGAUCCAGGGCGCGCUCCGGUUCGCCAGGGAGAAGAACUUGCGCGUCGCCAUCAAGAACACGGGACAUAACGGCUCUGGAAGAAACCUAGGAUUCGGGAGUCUAUCCAUCUGGACGCACAACUUGAAGCAGACCCAGUUCCACGAGAGAUUCCAACCUGUCUCCUGCUCCGCCAACACCACAUGGAAGGGCAGCCAGAUGGCCAUCACCAUCGGCGCGGGCAUCCAAGAUGGCGAGAUCUUUGACUUCGCCAAGAAGAACAACGUCGUCGCCGUGGGCGGGACAAGCAAGGAUGUCGGCGUCGUCGGUUGGGCCACCGGCGGAGGCCACGGCUUCAUGACGGGCGAGUACGGCAUGGGCGCAGACAACAUCCUCGAGGCCGCCAUCGUCACCCCGUCCGGCGAUCUCAUCACCGCCAACGCCUGCCAAAACGAGGACGUCUUCUGGGCCAUCCGCGGCGGCGGCGGCGGCACCUUUGGCGUCAUCGUCAACAUGACCAUGAAGGCGUACCCCGUGCCGGAGAUGACGCUGCUGGGCCUCGACGUUGCCGCGAAUAACGGCACGUCCUCCAAGGCGUGGUGGCGGUUCGUCGCCCAGCUGCACGGCCUGCUGCCCGCGAUCCAGGAGGAGGGGGUCAAGGGCUACUACACCAUCGGCGCGCCGGCCGGCCAGACCAUCGCCUUCGCCUCCUCGCUGUUCCUGUGGAACGCGGCCAACGGGACGGCCGAGAGGGUGCUGGCCCCCGUCAAGGCGCUCCUAGCGGCGAACAACGGCACAGUGACCGGCUCCGUCCAGACGGUCCCCAUUCCCUCCUUCUACGACCUCCUCGAGACGAUGCCUAUGAUCGAAAGCCCCGCGGGAGCGCCCGCCAUCACCGCCGCCCGCCUGAUCACCCGUCGAGUCGUCACCGAGGAGCAAGACCUCUUGGCCGAGGUUCUCGAGGAGGUCGGCACGCGGGUGCUUGCCCCGACCAACGGACUGCCGAACCUUUCCAUGAGCGGCACCAUGACCAUCGGCCACGAGCCCGUCGACAACGCACUGAACCCCGCCUGGCGCGACUCGGUCGUCCACCUCAUCACGCAGCAGAGCUGGGACGGCUCGCUCCCGGCCGCCAAUGUUUCGCGCAUCGUGAACGACAUGACGUACAACAAGCUCAACGCCCUCCGGAGGUUGGACCCGGGCUCGGGAACGUACUUGAACGAGGCCAACACCUUCGAGCCCGGCUGGCAGUGGUCCUUCUUCGGGUCCAACUACGGCGGCCUCCGCAGCGUCAAGGAGAAGUAUGACCCGGAGGGCCUGCUCUGGUGCCCGCAGUGCGUCGGCGGCGAGGACUGGGUCCAGCGCGAGGACGGCCGGCUUUGCGAGGCCUACAAGCCGUUCGGCGCUCGUUGAGCCUAUCCGAUGCUCAACUUGGCGCGGUACAAAUUAAGUGUCACGCACAUAAUGCUCAAACCACAUACAGCAACGCACAAGAAUCAGAACAUGGGUCAUAAACGUAAUUGCUAGAUAUGGUGUUAUCAUGAUAAAGAAAAAGAAACCCAAAGCUGUUUCACGGUCACAA